AAUGUCUUUCUAAGACUUACCUGGGUUUUUUUAUAGUUAAUAUGUUAAAUUUUGACUUGAUUAAUGGAAAGUAAAGCUAAUCAUGUUGCAUUAUUCAUCUACAUGGAUGUACUUUUUUUCGGUUGUUUUUAGGCCCAGGCCUUUUUGGAUGUUUUGAGAGGUUGUUCGGCUCUUCCGGGUUCUGUAGUACUGUACUGUACUCUGAAUUACACAUUACACAUACAACACACAACUUGAGUCUACUGCUGUCACAGUGCUAGAAUAGAUCCUGGGUUGCCUCAGGAUAAAGUUAUUAACUCUAAAUUUUCAGCACACAGAGCACUGUCUGCAACAACAGUUUCAGUUUUAUCCUCUGUUUUCAGUUCUAGAUCUCUAGACUAUUUGUUGUUGUCGUUGUAAUAACGUGCUCCCUUUACACUUCACUCUGCUUUGACUUUGAUUGUGACGAGAUUGUUGGAGGAGGCUUAUAAUUCUUACGCUUGGCUAGUGAGCCCAAGCUUUGGCAACUUUGUUUCUGUUUCCUCUUGGAUUUGGAGAUCAGUUACAUCAUCUUCAUCUAGGCCUACGGUCAGUCUGCACACAGAUCUUGAUUCACAGAAGUAACUCACCAAUACAAUGGCAAGCAAGCUGAAGAAGCUGGUUGAUGAUGUAAAGGACUCAAGCAAUCCUGAACUUGAUCUUGUUGACAAGGGCAUUGUCAAUAUACUUGAAAUUCCUGGGUUUGUCAACCUGAAGAACCUAACAAAAGUUGUUCUGGCCCAUAACAAGAUCACAUCUGUACCACCCAGCAUUGCCAACUUCUUGAAUUUGGAAAUCAUCAUCCUCUUCAAUAAUGCCAUUGAGGAAUUGCCUACAACCCUCAGUUCAAUGCCAAAACUGAAGACUUUGAAUGUUGGUAUGAAUCGGUUGUCGGCGUUGCCUCGGGGAUUUGGAGCAUGCCCCAUGCUUGAGGUCCUGGAUGUUACCUAUAAUAACCUGAGUGAGCACAGCUUACCCGGAAAUUUCUUUUGUUUGGAUACAUUGAGGGCCCUCUACAUGGGAGACAAUGACUUUGAGAACCUACCACCUGAAUUUGGAAGGUUGAAAAAUCUACAAAUUCUUGUCUUAAGAGAUAAUGACCUGGUUGCUCUUCCAAAAGAGAUGGGGGAGCUCAUUCGUUUGAGGGAGUUGCAUAUUCAAGGCAACAGACUCACAGUCCUUCCUCCAGAAAUGGGUAAUCUUGAUCUGAUAGGCACCAAACAGAUUUUCAAGGCUGAUGGCAACCCAUGGGUGACCCCUAUUGCUGACCAGUUCCAAGUUGGGAUUUCUCAUGUGUUUGAUUAUAUCAGAUCCGACACCUACAAGUUUUUGUACGGCCGUCACAUGGCAGCGGGGGCUGCUCCACCGCCAAAAACCAAUGACAAGUCAAAGAAGAUCAGCCGAAUCAAGAAAUAAAUGUAACUAUUGGUUCAUACCCUUAGUCCCAUUACUUCUGCAUAGUGAAAAUAUUAUCUUAUAACUUAUUCGUGGUGACUUUACUCUUUACAAUAUUUGAUUUGAUACUCUGUGCGUUCAAUUUGAAUGGCGCUGAUGUGUCAGUUGUCAAAAGUUUGAAUGUGAGCUGUUAGAUAGAAAGCUAGACAGCGGUCAUCUUCUUUGGACAUAAGUAAUAUUUCCUCUGCUUGAAGGUUGUUUAAUAUAUACGCUAUAGGUUAAGAGCAUAGUACAUGUCUACGGAAGCAUUUAAUUUUACUUUGAGAAAAAAAACUGCAUCAUGUUGCUUUUCUUUUUAAAAAUGUUUUUGUGUAUAUGAUAUACAAUAACCUUCGUACAUUGACCAGAAUGUGCUAUUGUAACACUAGUCCGGGGUGGUCCCCAAAUCUUUUUUCUUUAUACUUCUUCUAGUUGUUUUAUCAUUUUUAUAAGGAUCAGUGCCAGGAGGUUCAUGUAGAAUGAGACCAAUUUGGAAAAACUUGCUUUUCAGUCAAAGAGAUAUUUCUUACUAUUCAAGGUAUUGUGAUACAGAAGUGUGGGGAUAGAUGCACAAAGUUAGGUUCUAAUAUUGCCACAGUGAUAUUGCUCUGUAUUAGUUUGAUUUUGUUCAUUAUUUGUAUAUAUGCAUGUUGAGGCCUUUUUAAUAAAAAAGACCACAAUUGCUUUGGAAGGCAUCAGUCCUAGGUUUGAAUGUUUUUACCAUGAUUGGACUUGGAUGAGUUGUUUUUUUAAGGGAGAAUGUUAGGCUGAGUUAGAUGGCCCCUGUGUUGAUGUAUAAGAGGCCUAAAAUUCUUCCAGCCAUUUGUUAUUGUAUGAAGAGGUAGCCAUUAUGCUUUUUACUAGAAUUAGGAUGCAGUCGGCAUGGUAUCUUUGAUCAAGCUGUAUGGCAGCUUUGGUAUUUGUCUCUAGUAAAAAUUGUCUUGAUAAAUGAUUCAGCACUUUCCUAGCAACUACCGAGAGCUUAGGUGUUAUAUUGCCUCUUAACAGACAUGACAUAUGUGAUGUAGUCACAACCAUUUGAGACAUUGCAAAGAUAUGUAUAGAUUGUGAGUGUAGUGGCAUGCAUAUAAAUAUCUCAAAACGGACUGAGGUUGAUAUUUUAGUCAAGUUGUUUUCUUUUUGCUUUUAAGAAGAAUUUUAUGUGUCGCUUGUGAAUGACAUGCACAUAGAUCUGGUUAUUUUAAAAACAAGUAUACUGUGAGAUUGGCUUGAGAGUUGUUCGAACUGUAACGCAGAAGUCUAAAGUGUUUUCAAUAUAUAUUCACUCCGCUUCCAUUGUAUUUGUUUCAUUUAGGAUAUUCUGAUGUUGUUCUUAGGCUCUAUGCCACUGUUACAAGAGGCCUCAGUUGGUGUCAUGCUGAGCUUUGGUGUGGAAGGCCGUGGUUCAAAUCCCAAAUAGAGCAUUCUUGAAUUUGAAUGGGGGGAGGGAGGGGGAGUUUUCAAGGCUUUCCACCCUCUUAAAUAACCUUACAAUGUUGACAGGGAAGAUAAACUCAUACUCUUUCUAAUUCUACUGUUAUUGGGUUUUCAGUUUUUGCUUCUGUAUAGACAAUCAAGUUCAUAUCCUCUCCUCUUCCUGUUAUGUCUCUCGUGCCUGGUACAUCUUUGCUGAAACUUGUAUGUUCAAUUACACUGGUGCUAUUUUGUACAUAUACUUCUAUACAAUUAUUAUCAUGAAUGCAGAUAAGUUCUGUCUGUAUAAUUGUUCUCACAUAUAUUGUUGCUGGCUUUAGAAAAAUGAGUGACUGUUUGAUCCUGCUUAACUGGAUGAGUGAGGAAAAAUAGGAGUUACAUGUACUCAUUUUGCUGUUAUCGACAAGAUUAUGAUUCUAUUAACAAAAUGUAACUAAUUUUGAUCAUAGUCACUUAUGUUAGAUACUUUGUUUGUGAUAUCAAUUCAUAAAAAGAAAAAAUGUAUAUGAGCCAUUCUCAGCAGGUCAACUUAACCCUAUAGACUUGAGGUCACACCUGAGCAUGCUCCACUGAUACCCUUCUGCGCACUGAAUGCUUGUCUCACCAUAAUGUGGUGCAAAUCUAGCAGUUGACCCAAGGCAGCUGAAUGUGUGUAAGGUUCAGAGGGCAAGGGCUCAACAAAGGGUUGAAAAGGUACAUGAAGCUUAAUUUUUUAUAAAUUGGUUUUAUGCUCUAGUAAUUUCCAUGCAACUAGUCUUUCUUUUUUAGAUUAAUUUUCAAGAUUAAAGGGUAAUUUAAUGCAACACUGGCACAGGAAAAUUGGUCAAUUUUUUAGUUCCUCUUAAGCUUUUUUUUUUCUUGGAGCACAACAAUUACUUCCAUGUUGACACAUUUUAUGUGCAACUUACAAGUAUGUAUGAACUAUAAUUGAGAUAAAAAAAAUUUAACAGUUGACAUUACAUUAAACAGUAGUUUCCAACAGAGUUCCAGUAGUGGCCUGUUUGAAAGGAAAAAACUAAAUGUGCUACAAACAGAUUAGACUGAAAAUCAUUUUAAUGUGAUUUGAUACUUGCUUCAACUGUGCUUGACUCUGGUUCUCUAAGGUAAGGUAAUCUUGUCAGCACAAAGCCAUUGGGUGUAGUAUUGUUAAAUCCUCUCUCAAUUUUAACCGUUCUUGUGUUCAAUAAAUUUACAUGUAAUAUGUAAAAUGUAGACAAUUUUUUACGUAUAAGAUUUAGUAUACAUCUGCAUUUUUCCAGCUGCCUGCUGUGACUUGUGACAUGUUCUUGAAAUGCACAAUACAUACUUUCAUUCUGACAGUGAUCA